AUGACGGUUUCAUUGGAGGAAAUCACCUUGCGCAAUCAGGCCGAGUCGCCUCUACUCCGACUGCCUGGCGAGCUGCGCAAUCGUAUCUACGAGUUAGCUGUUGGCGGAAACAUCAUCGUCGUAUCAAGUUCCUACAAGCGAUGGAGAAAAAUGUCGGUCUACCUCACCUCCGCUGAUCCUUCUGGACCGGACGCAAAAAGCGCCCAGGCGAGCAUUCGUGCACCUGUAUCGGAUAUCUUUACCAUUGGCCUCGUAUGCCGCCAGCUGCACCGUGAAACAGCGCUCAUUCAGUACGCAAAGAACCUCUUUCACUUGGACAACAUAUACUAUGGUCGAGAUUUUGUGGACAGCCUUAGUAGUGCGCAACGAGCGCUGGUUACCUCUAUCUCGGUUAGGAUCGGCACCUACUUCGUGGCAAGAUGGUUCAACUCUUAUCCGCGGAAAGACCUUGACAUGCCAAGCCUCUUCUUGCCCCAGGUGGAGCGUGUCUAUAUCAGUCCAGAACACUUCAAAAGCCAUCCUUGGUCGGAUGAAGAGACAUUACUUAAGGUAAUCGGGCACAACCUGAAAAUCGGCACAGGACGCAAGGAAGGCAUCUCGGUCAUGGUCUUUGAUGUGUUCCAAGGAAUGGAGAACCGAGAUCAAGCAAAGACGAUCAAACUGGGUUGGGACGGUGAGGCGUUCGUCUGA